UUUUCCCAGUAAUGGAUCUACGCCUAACUUCUGGAUCACAAAUGAUAAGUGCAAAAACCGUCCCCGGCCGGAGCACCACCCUGGGCCUUGCACAGCAGCAUGAUGGAGUCGGCGAUGUCACAGCGAAAAACCCCUUUUAUCAGGUGUCCUGCUGUGGGCCUGUUUCCUGGACCAGCUGCUGCCACUCUAGGCGGCCCUCUCUCACAGAGUCUUCUUGUAGCCGCCUGCUCUACAUCCUUCUCCACUUGGGGGCCUCAGCUAUCUGCUGCCUCCUGCUGUCUAGGACAGUGGUAGAAAGGGUCUGGGGCAAAGCACAUGGGAUCCAGAUGCCCUCAGUGCUGUGUGCCCACCUGUUUGGCAACUUGGACUGUCCAGUGCUCAGUGGCUCUGGGGCUGUGUAUCGAGUAUGUGCAGGAACUGCCACUUUCCACCUGCUGCAGGCGGUGCUGCUAGUCCGCCUCCACUCCCCCACCAGCCCACGUGCACAGCUGCAUAACAGCUUCUGGAGCUUCAAGUUGUUGUUCCUGUUAGGUCUCUGGACUGCUGCCUUCUGUAUCCCUGAUGAGCAUCUCUUCCCAGCCUGGCAUUAUAUUGGCAUCUGUGGAGGCUUCACAUUCAUCCUAUUACAGCUGGUGCUUAUCACAGCCUUUGCCCACUCAUGGAACAAGAAUUGGCAGACUGGCGCAGCCCAAGACUGUACCUGGUUCCUAGCUGUAUUACUGACUACCCUAGGAUUCUACAGUGUGGCAGGUGUGGGAGCUUUGCUACUGUUCCACCACUAUACACACCCUGAUGGUUGCCUGCUCAACAAGAUGAUACUCAGCCUACAUCUUUGCUUCUGUGGCCUCCUUUCUUUCCUCUCCAUCGCACCUUGCAUCCGCCUCACAACGAGGCUUCCUACCUGGCUGAGUUAUUUGGACCCCUGUGGAUCAUCAAGGUUUACAAUCAUGAGUUCCAGAAGCCCUCACUCUGUUUCUGCUGCCCCCAAACAGUGGGACCAGAGGAUGGGCAAAGUAGCAGAGUCAGACCAACUGACCAAGAGAGCCCACCAGCCGCCCAGGUGCAGAGCCAGCAUCUUUCCUACAGCUACUCUGCCUUCCACUUCACCUUCUUUCUUGCUUCACUCUAUAUCAUGGUUACCCUUACCAACUGGUUCAGUUAUGAGGGAGCAGAACUGGAGACCUUCACUAAAGGUAGCUGGGCUACCUUCUGGGUCAAAGUUGCCUCCUGCUGGGCCUGUGUACUCCUCUCUAUGGGGCUGCUCCUGGCACCACUGUUGGCUCCCCACUCAGAAUCACCACCACCCUGGUAUCUUCAGGCAACACUGCCAUCACGUCAGUACUGCCAGGUAAAAUCUAACCCCCCAUUCUCUAUUUAAAAACCGGGUACCCUUUAGAUUAUGUUCCUAAUCUUAGCUCUGAGAGUCAUCUGGCUGAGCUCAGUACCUCAAGAACAAAUGAGUACCACAUAGGCUAAAAUGGAAGAAGUGGCCAAAGAUACCCUUGAUUUCUUGAUUCAGUAAAAACUGUCUUCAUUCAAGCUCAAGAGUCUAACUCCCAGGUCAGUAAACUCAGGAGCUGAUCUAAAGUGUGGCACCAGCCCCUUCCUAGCUUCUGAGCUAGAGAUAAGGAGCAGGAAAGACCAACAGAGUCUGAAGAUCUGGGUCUGCUCUUGGUAAUCAAAAGGAAACAAGUGGUUCAGCCCUGGGCACAGGAUGUAAGAGCCCAGAACCACAGAACAAACCAGGGCACAGGAAAAACAAGCAGAGGCUACCACAGGUUUUAAUCCUGAACUUGAGGUCAAAGAAACUGGAAGACAAAAACCACCUUCAUUCCACGAGGAAUGACAGAACUUAAGAGAAUGUGAACACCGGAAGUUGGUGAGCGAAGUUUUUUUUUUUUUGGGCCAACUUUCAAGCAAACAAAGAAUGAGGAAGAGACAUAAACUUGGGUCUUAGAUCCUUCCCCUCUGAUGGCCCUCAAUACCAUCAUGGGGAUGGUGUUCAAGGUCUUAGGGCAUAAAAUCACAGAAAAGAAGUCUAUAGUUCUCAGAGGAUUCCUCACCACCGAACUGGAGUGCUUUUCUGGUUGCC